GAGAGCACUAGAGCAGCAGUCUCAGUAGUUGUUAUAUAUAUAGUUACAGAUUGGGAAAGAAAAAAAAUAUAUUUAUAGUUUACAAAAAAAUAAACUGCAAGUACAGUGGACAGCGAAAAUGUCGAGGUUGUUAGAAGAGCAAAAUUCAAUGGAAAUGAGCGACGAAAAAAUAGACAUAAGUGAAAAUUUACGAGACUCGUACAAUUGGGUGGACAUUACUGGUGAAUUCUUCGAGGCUAUUACUGAAUUGGAACUGGGAGAACUUUUACAUGAUGAGCUUUUUGGUCUGUUUGAUGCAAUGUCAGCCAUAGAGAUGAUGGAUCCAAAAAUGGAUGCUGGAAUGCUGUGCAAUAGAGGUAGCAAUAAGCCAUAUACGUUUUCACAAGCAGCAACAACUGGAGUUAUUAAGUUGGAUGGUCUCACACCUGCGGAGAUCAUUGGAAUAAUCGAUUCAACUUAUGCUUGCAUAGUUUCGUGGUUGGAAGGUCAUAGUUUAGCUCAGACAGUUUUUACUAAUUUAUAUCUGCAUCAGCCUGAUCAGAUAAUGGACAAGACUUUAAAGACAUUUUGCUAUGCUGUCUACAAAAUAAUUGAAGAAAUUAGAGAGUGCAUAUUGAAAGCUUCUGUCUACGAAGAGGAAGACUUUCAAGGAGCCAUGUAUGGAGGUUAUAAGCCUCAGGUUGAAGUCACAGAGCAAAAAACCAUUUCUCUUUUGAGAGAAGUUGAAGAAGAGCUACAUAAAAAAGUUCGGGUGAAGCCGACCGAUGAUGAGACGGAAAAAGAGUAUAAUCAAGGCUCAGCUCUUUAUGCUAGGAUAAGAUUUACAAAAAUGUUUUAUCAAGUUUUAACAUUGAUGGGGAAAAAAGAACAGUUGCAGCAGAAUCUCAUUGGUUGCCAACGUCUUCUAUCCAACUGUUCAGAUAUGAUAAAAAUUAUGAUAAAAACGGUUAACCAAGGAGCAAAAGCUGAUGAAGUUACUAAUCAUCCAAAUGUAAUGGGUUUUGAUUCUAUGAUUAACCAAAGAUUACUGCCGCCCACGUUUCCUAGGUACACAAAAAUCAAGCCUAGAAUUGAAGCUCUAGAUUACAUGUCAGAACUCAUAAAUCGUUUUAAAGUUGUUACUAAAAUCACGAGCUAUACAAGUUUUCAUGCUGCUCUGGAUUUCUUUUUAGAGUUUUCACGACAAAGUCCGUGUAUAUUGUCGCGAUCGAUGUUGCAAAUUAUUUACUUGCCUACGCCAUAUCGCGUUUUUGGUGUCCACAAUUUCGCAGACGUUUUAAAAGAUGCGGCGAGAAAUUUCAUUGCGCCACCUGUUUUAAUGCCCAAAAGCACUUUGUUACAACAGCACCAAGCGAAAGAGUUUGUUGAUAACUUUUUAGGACAUUGUGCCAACUUUUUUGGCACGUUGUUGCAGACAAGUGGCCACAAUAGAGCUCGACAGAGAGACAGACUGGCUUUUUUAUUUGAAAAUUUUGCGGCUCUACAAGAUGAGGCCGAACGAGUGGACAGUUAUAUGCACACAUUGUCGUUGAAAAGUGACACACCCAGGCCGCAUUUGGCUUGCUUCGGCACCUGGGUGUUGUAUCACACGUUGCGCGUUAUGGUCAUGUAUUUACUUAGUGGCUUCGAGCUCGAGCUCUAUUCGGUUCACGAGUAUCAUUAUAUAUAUUGGUAUCUGUUCGAGUUCCUAUAUAACUGGCUCAUAUCUGCCAUCACGAGAGCAGAUUCGUUUAUAAUAGAGCAAGACAUUCAUCUAGAAAAUCAAAAGAGCAGGAGCGCCAAGAAAAGUGCAAAGAACAAAAAGAAAAAGGCAACGCCUAAGCCAAACUACUUGGAAAUAUUGAUGUAUCAAGCCAUGCAAAAUAUUUGUGGAGGUUUUUAUAAGGCAUUAGUUGGUUUUCGAAUGGAUGGCAAGAUACCCUUACCUGAUAGCCAAUUCGACUGCGAACGAGUUCGAUAUGAACACCGUCUGUUACCGUUUUCAUCUUUGCUAACGCCACCGCCAAUUCAAUACAAAAAGUUCAUAGAAAUGACAAAUGUGCAAAUAAAAAAAUACGAAAAAGGUAGUAGCGAAGAGCAAUACUUCGAUGGUUGCCGGCAUUUCAAUCAAGCUAAAAAUUUAUUGGAACGCGCAUUAGAGCUCAAUCCACCCAAUGCCAAUACAGUAAACGAGAUUAACGAGUUGUUAAAGGUCGUCAAAACAAAUUUUAUUGUUUUGAAAUUACUCACUGGGGGACACAAGAAGGAUUCGAAGGAGCCGCCAGUCUUCGAUUUCUCGGUCCACCAGCACUUCCCUAUCAUAAAGCUUGCUUAAUUAUUUCUCAUCGUGGCCUCAUCGACACAUACUAUCAACGUUAGAUUAUUUAUUUUAGUAAUCUUAAAAGAUAAAUUAAUGCUAAAUAGUCAAGACUUUUUUAAUCGCGUCUUAACAUUUUUUUUACCUCAUUUAGUUUUGUCUUCCCCGAUUUUUAACUUGUUUCACUUGGAGUAACGUGAAAAAAAAAAUUUUUUUUCUACAUUGUGCAAAAAAUAUUCAACAAAUCAGACAAUCUGAAAAAUAUACACGGAAAAGUGUGAUUAAAUUGUUAACGAGAGAUCUAGUGAUUAUCGUAUCCACCUUUAUGGCUAAGUUUGUAAAUAUAUAACUGUUUAGGCAUCGCGUAAAAAAAUCGCCGAUAGAUCAUAGUGCUUUAGAGUCGCGCCGGUUGCGAAAUUGCUUUUCCUUUCCAGCUCAGAAUUCAAUUCGGCUCGGCAAAAUU